AACAGAAACUAUAAAAAAUAAGAUUCAUAAAAAAUUUAAAAGUUUACAAACUUCUUGGAAAUUUGAAACUGAGAAGUAUAAAGCAAAUAGCAACUGUGCAAAACAACUGUCAGAUGCUAAGCAGCUAUUUGACACUAUUGAAAAUAAUUUUACAUUAAACUUUUUUGAAGGAGCCUUGAAAUUACAAUCUCUUGAAGUUGAUUUAGGCCAAAUUUUAGCCAAUAUAGAAGAACUAUUUAAU